CGAGAAGUAAGACAUUUUUGUUGUAGAGUCACUUUAAAACCUUUUUGAACGUCUUUUGCUCAUAUAAACAAAUCCGAUAUGUAUUUGCUACUCGUUGGAAGUGUUUUAUUAUUGUGAUACAACUUUUUGAACAACGCUGCACAGAAGUGUUUGUACUCACCAAAUGACUUCCGCAUCCGCUAAGUUUCUAUUUCGCGGGACAGCACGAAUACGCUGGAGUAAAAAUAGUAGUUUUUAUGGGACGGUGUGACACGACUGUGGUAUACCGCAACUUUAUGAAGAACUGUCACAAUCGUAGUAAACUAUUCCUAGUUGGGGACGGAUUUGAUUCGUGUUGUCACGACAGAGCAUUCCUCGGCACGCUGUGACUUCCAGACACAAGCAUGUCUCUGCUGUCUAUGAUUGAGCAGGCUAUCAAAUCUUGCAAAGAUGAACAAGCCAAGAUCAACCACAAUAUUCAGCACUACAGAGAAAUACUACAGACUUUUCUUUUCCCGCAGAACACCACAACCAAAGAUGGGCACUGAUGAGUCAGAAUCCUGUUCAGAAAUGACAGAUGAUGCUGCUCCAGAUACAUUUACCUCACCCGUUGAGAAAGAAGAAAUGGAACUGCUUGAGAGAGCACUGGAGAAAGCCCUUCGGGUCCGCACUGGCACAGGGUCUUCUAAAAAAGACUCAAACAAACAAUCUGCAUGUCGAAAGGCAUCCAGCGCUUCAGCUGUCAUAUCGAAAGAGGGAAUGCAGGCUUCUGCAGCUCCUAAAGGAAACAAGAAAACCUUUAGAUCAAGCUCUAAAUCAGCCAGUCUUGACAGAAAAGAGCACAGAAAGCCUGCUGGGAUUGUGCAUCAUCAGGCAGCAAGGGCAUCACAGCAGGCUGUCUCAGAGUCUGGCUCACUUGCCCGGGGUCAGUUACACGCCUCAACCCUCCACCCAAAAAACAACACUAUAAGAAGCAAUGUGCUGAGUGGGACUGACCUGGGCACAGCUGCAGCUUUUUCCACUCAUUCACAUAACACAGUGCCUGUUUCACAAAGAUUGGAUUCUGGAGCUCACAGUUUACCUCCACAGAAAGGGAAAGCUUCUGUUCAAACAGCAACGUGGAGAUCUCUUUGGAGGAAGCGAAAUAGGUUAUGGGACAAAGUUGUUGCCCUACAAAGGAAACCUGUGUCAGGGAGGAGUCACUUCAUGGAGAGAAUGACAUCUUUGUUCCCCAAGGAUUGGCCAUGUGGUUGCCCAGAUCAGACCAGGGUUUUGGUCGCAAGACUGACUCACCAAAGGCAUGAACUCCCCCAGCAGAGGCAGACAGAGGAGUUUCUGGCCAAACAGACGCCACAAGUAGCCACGGAGCAAGGUUCUAGAGCAAACAAGUAUGUCUCCGGUCCGGAACUCAACAGGUUGUUGAUGGUAGCAGCACAGCUCCAGAACUCUGCACACAAAGCAAAAGAAGAGUGGGAAGCAUGGGAUCGAUGGAGGCCAGAGGGAGGUUGUCUUUGCCCCACUGGGGAAAAUAGUGUUUGGGGUGAUGGGAUAAUUGCACCCCUGCCCCUGACUAUAACCUACACGACAGAGGCAGAGCUCCGAGAACUGGAGAAGCUGAGAAUGAGGGUGGCACUGCUGCAACAGGAGACUUGCAUUGAGCAGGCUCUAUUGGACACUCUGUUCCCUCAGCUUUCAUCUAUUGAACCUGGGCCUGGAUGUCCCGACUUGAGUGUGAUGAGAGGCAUGUACUCCCUGCUGGGUGAGGGAGGGGAGCGUUUCCCUUCCAUAAUCCUGGACUCUGACUCUGACUGACCACAGAGCAUAUUAAACUGAGUGACCUGUUCAUGAAAUCUACUGCUUAUCUUCUUUUACACACAUAAGAGAAGUACAAUAUAAUGAAAUCACAACGCACAACAUUCACACAAAAAAUAACUACUACGGCAAAGUCCUCCUUCAAGGCUCCAAUAUUAAAGAAUCUGCUUAAUUUAUUAUUAUUUUAAGAUGUAAAUAAAUCUAAACAUACAAUAACUACAUACUCCGAAAUUAGUACUUGGAUUUAUUUUUCUGAAUAGUUUUAAGUUAUAUUUUGAUCAGAAUUUCUGUUGUAAAAUUGUACUAUAUGACAAUAAAUACCUAGAAUAAAGUGUAAUGGAAAAACUGAA